AUGUCGGUGCUCGGCUGCGAUGCAGUUGCUGCAGCCAGCGGAGCCGUUUCCUCCGCGGCGUCCGGUGCGGAGGGGAUUGGAGGGUCCGGCGGUGGGGAUUGGUUUCGGGCACUUCCGCCAUUGUGGUCACAGUGGCAGUGGCGGAGUGCGCAAGAUAAGGGAGACGGGGAGUUUUCUGGUGCGGUAGGGUGCAAGGGUACAAUUACCUCUAAGAUUUUGCGCCGUUGGAUAGUUAUUAUGCGGUUUUUGGUGGUUAAUUUUUUCACGUGGUCUUUUAGAAUAGGUACUGAACAUAAGAAGUUUGGUUUUGAGUUUGGAAACUUGCGUCCUAUGAAAUAUGAGCAAAUAGCAGAAUUGCUUGAAUGA